AUGUCCUCUAACGCCGAAGAGUGCCAAGACCCGGGAUACGAUAAGAAUGCCGACUACAUCUUGAAGCUGAACAAUUAUCUCGGCCACACCAAGCAGCUCGGCAACUUUGAGUGGACCAUUACGACCGAGGGGCCUACUAAUGCAGCGACGCACUAUGCCACUGCAAAGUUGAAUGGUGUCGCCAUCGGCUCUGGCCAUUGGGGAAAAAUCAACCUUGCGAAGAAGGUCGCAGCUUUCCAGGCGCUCAAGUACCUCAAGCAGGUGUGA